AAAGACAUCACAUACCAAAACUUGUUUAAACACAAUUUAUUGUACUAGAUUGAUUGCUUAUGUUACAAGAACCUAUUUUUCAGUAAAAAAAAAAAACAAAUAGUACUACAUUUUUGUGUUUAACCACAACACAAUUAUUGUUUUUCACGCAAACUACAAUACUACUUUAUCUUCUCUUCUCUUCUCCAAGUACGAGGUCCACUGUAUUUGUAUCCUUCUGUCUCUACUUUCACUUUCUUAAUCUCUUCUGUUUCACCUCAAAUCUACUAAUUGGGGAAUUUGUUCUGCUGAAAUAGGCGGUCUUUCGAAGGCUUCUUUUCAUUAAAGUUAACAAGUUAGCAGCUUUCAAAUAUUUAAAUGGGGAAUUGCUUGGCUAAGUCUCGGGAUAGGGAUAAUGAUUCUGAUCAACAUGUGGAGUUUGCUGCCGGGAAUGUGGCACUUAUUACCACCAAAGAAGCUUGGGACCAAAAGUUGGAAGAAGCAAAGAAGGAUGGCAAAAUUGUGAUCGCAAAUUUCAGCGCAGUGUGGUGCGGGCCUUGCAAGGUGAUUGCGCCAUAUUACUGCGAAAUGUCUGAGAAAUACACAUCUAUGAUGUUCCUAUUGGUUGAUGUGGAUGAACUAACUGACUUCAGCACUUCAUGGGACAUCAAAGCCACACCAACUUUCUUCUUUCUUAAAGAUGGACAACAACUUGACAAACUUGUUGGAGCCAACAAGCCAGAGCUUGAGAAGAAGCUUGUUGCCAUUGCUGAUUCAGUUCCUCAGAAUAAGCAGUGACUUGUUUUUAUUCAUGUUUGUAGAUGCUACGGCUUUUCUUCCCUCACAAAUCGCGAAUUCUUGACCAUGACAUGAGUGCUUCUAAAUGUUUUGCCGUGAGUGUCUUUGAAUUAUUUUUUUCCUUGGAUGUAAAUAUAAAACAUUUCACAUGAAUGUCUCUGAUUCAAAGUUAUGUUGUAGUUAAAAAAGCAUGCUGUGCAAAUAUAGAAUUUGUUCUGCAUUAUUGUCUAAGAAAAAGUGGUGGUUACAUGGAAUCAAUAGACUUAUGAUUUAAGUGGUAAAGAGUUUGAUUCUUUUGUGUAAGAUGUGUUUUGCACUACCCUUGAAUAUGGUGGUUACAUUUUUUAUCAUUUUUUUCUUUA